CACAAUUUAAUUUUCAGAAAACGAGAAAAUAGAUAUAGCUAGCUAGAUGGGCCUCAAGUACUGGUUAUGUGCGGUACUUACUCUACUAUUAAUACAAUGUUGGUGCUGCGGUGGUUGUAUGGAGCAAGAGAGAACUGCUCUCUUGCAACUCAAAAUAUUUUUUAAUGGUCGACCUUUGAGAGAUUGGGGGAGAGAAGAUCACAAUUCAGAUUGUUGUCAAUGGGAAAGGGUGGAGUGCAACCCCUCCACUGGACGUGUUAUUGCACUCUAUCUUAAUUACACAAGGGCUGGAUUAUAUUAUAGCCGUCCUUACUGGUAUUUGAAUACCUCUUUGUUUCUUCCAUUUGAGGAAUUGAAAGGUCUUUACUUGCCUAAGAAUAGGAUAGCCGGUUGCAUUGAAAAUGAAGGUUUUGAUACGCUUUCUGAGAAAUUGAGCAAUUUGGAAAUUCUUGAUUUGAGUUAUAAUUUCUUCGAUAAUAGCAUUUUGUCAUCUCUGAGUGAGAUUUCAUCUCUCAAGUCUCUAAAUUUGGGCUGGAACAACAUAAAUGCAUCAAACAAUAUAGAUGCAAUUGAUUUUGAAAAGCUAUCAAGACUUCGCAAAUUGGAAUUUCUUGAUAUAAGGGGUAAUGACUUACAAAACAACACCUUAUCCUAUCUAGAAUUCAAUGCUUUGAGCAACUUAGAAGAGCUAGAUAUAAGCUACAACAUGCUCAACCAAUUUGUGGCUACCACUAAAGCCAAUAUAAGUUUCAACAAGUUAAAGUCCCUUGAUCUAGGUGGUUAUUAUUAUGACUACGAGGAUGAUUAUUAUCAAUACAAGGAUAGUGGUGUUCAACUACAGCAGCUAUCUCUAGUGGCAUUCCCAUUGCUAAAAACCCUAUCUUUAUCCAAAAACAAUAUUAGCAAAACCAUGCUUAAUCAAAAUCUGCAUGUUUUGAGCAAUCUAGAGGAGCUCUUCUUAUACAACUCCCAUCUUGAUAAUAACUUUCUGCAAAGCAUUGGUAUGCUCGCUUCUCUCAAGUCAGUAGUUUUGGAUGAAUGUGGGCUAACUGGUACAUUACCAACACAAGGUUGGUGUGAUUUGAAGAACCUUAAAAAUUUGAGACUUCAUGGAAAUGAAUUGUCAGGGAAUCUGCCUUCUUGCUUGGCUAAUUUGACAUCUCUUCGAUUUUUGGAUAUCUCCCAAAAUCAAUUCACUGGAAAUAUUGCCUCCUCCCCCCUAGCUCAUCUUACAUUGCUACAAUAUCUCUCUAUUUCAAACAAUCACUUUCAAGUUCCAGAUUCAUUCAAGUCAUUUGCAAACCAUUCUAACUUGAAAUUCUUCUCAAGUGAUUUCAAUCAUUUAGUCUCAGAAAAUGAUCUUGUUCAAACAAGGGUUUCUAAGUUCCAACCAAGUGUCUUCAGCUUAUCAAAUUGUGGAGUAGAAGAACACCUCAUCAAACCUCAUAGCUUCCUUUAUUACCAGUAUGACUUGGAAUUUGUUGAUCUUUCUUUUAACAAAUUUGGCGGAGCCUUACCUUGUUGGUUGUUUGAAAACAAUACGAGAUUACAAGGUUUUCUUAUGAAGAAUAACUCUUUUGUGGGUCCUUUCCACUUGCCAUCACACCUUAGCCUUGAUGUUUCAAGAAUAGAUAUAUCGAACAACCAAAUACAUGGUCAAAUCCCAUCAAAUAUCAAUUUGAUUUUCCCAUUUGUAGAGAAAUUAUUGUUGUCUGGAAAUGCCCUUGAAGGCGAAAUUCCCAAGUGGUUGGGUGGGAUGAACUCUUUACAAAUUUUGGACCUAUCCAACAAUCAAUUCUCUGGUUCAAUACCAAACCAGUUAACUAUGGGAAACUCAUUAUAUUGUCUCAAACUUUCAAAUAACAACCUUAGUGGGAAAAUAACUGCAACCAUAUUUAACUCACAAUCACUUCAAUACUUGUAUCUAAAUGGAAACAAUUUCAAAAGAGAGAUAUCUCAGUUUUCUAGCUCUUCAUUUCUAAAAGUAUUGGACAUCAGCAACAACCAUUUGUCAGGCAAGCUUCCAAGGUGGAUAAGGAAUCUCACUCAAUUGAAUAGCUUGGUUUUAUCCAACAAUUCUUUUGAGGGUUCAAUUCCAAAUGAAUUUUGCUAUAAUGUUGCGCUUCAAUUUUUAGACCUUUCUAAGAACAAUCUCUCUGGUUCUUUACCAUCUUGCCCUAAUCCAUCAUACAUAACACAUCUCUAUUUGAGCAAAAAUAGGCUAAAUGGUCUGUUGACACAUUCAUUCUACAACAUAUCUUCUUUGGUGGUACUAGAUCUAAGAGAAAACAACUUCAUUGGAGGCAUUCCAAAAUGGAUUGGCAACUUUUCUAAGUUGAGUAUUUUGCUGCUAAAAGGUAAUCACUUUUAUGGUGAAAUUCCCAUUGAAGUAUGUGGAAUAAAACAACUAAGCAUGAUCGAUCUAUCUCAUAAUCAACUUUCUGGUUCUAUACCUUCUUGUUUGGGUCAUUUAACUCUUACACCAAGUACUUCAAUGUCUCUUUUCAGCAGUACUUAUAUGAUCAUGCUUGAAACUUUUUAUGAACUUCAAAUUAUUCCAUUCUCAACCUGGGAAGUGGAAACACUGAUAAAGGCAGAGGGAGAAGAAGUUGUAAUGUCAUGUUUUAGAACUCAAUUUGGUUUUGUAGAAGAUGAGGUAGAGUUUACAACAAAGAGGUUCACAUACACUUAUGGAAGUCAUAUUCUUCAAUACAUGUCUGCAAUUGAUCUCUCCUGCAACAAACUAACAGGCCUAAUCCCAUCUGAAUUGGGAAACAUGAGUGAAAUCCAAUCACUAAACUUGUCUCACAACAACUUAACAGGACCUAUACCAUCCACCUUCUCAAAUUUGAAGCAGAUUGAGAGUUUGGACCUUUCUUUCAAUAACUUGAAUGCUGAGAUUCCAUCUCAACUUAUUGAACUCAACUCCUUGGAAGUUUUCAGUGUUGCACACAACAACCUUUCAGGCACUAUCCCAUAUGGAAGAGCACAGUUUGGGACCUUUGACAAAAGCAGUUAUGAGGGAAAUUCCCUUCUUUGUGGACCCCCAUUGGAUAAAAGUUGUAAGGAAACUGAUUCACAAUUAAGGCCGCUAGAAUCCUUAGAUGAAGAAAAAGAAUACAGCUCCAUAAAUAUGCAUAUGUUCUACAUCAGCUUCGUUGUAUCUUAUGUGAUUGUGUUGCUAUCAAUUAUAGUAGUGUUGUACAUAAAUCCAUAUUGGCGACGGGCAUGGUUUUAUUUAGCUGAAAGGUGUGUCACCAAAUUGCUACUAUAUUGUGGACAAGUUUUCGAGAUUCUAGUACUGUAUUUCUUGUCUGUGUAGAUGUAUCCUCCUAGUGAAAGUUUUCAAUCUAUGCAAUUUCAAUUUCCAAAAGUUACUAGUACUUAAUUCAUGACUUUUACUUUUCCUAAUCCAUAAGUUUGCUUUAUCUCCUGGCUUCAAUUGUAAAAUUCUAAUAUUUUGUUUACUUUAAUCGGAUAUAUAGUCCUACAAGUAGGACACUUGUAUCAUAUAUUCAAUAAAUAAAUCAAUCUUGUUUAACAGAAUUCCAUUAAUAGCAUUUGGCAUCUGUGUUUCUUCUAUCAGUUGUCCCUUAUUUUCUUCACUUUGCACCCCAACGGUUAUGUAAGGUUAAAGAUGUUGCAGAAUCAUUGAUGACUCUGCUCUACUGAUACUUGCCAUAAAAACACAUCUUUCUUCUCCCCCAAAAUGAUUUAAAGUGAAAAGGUUGUCUUUAAUGUAGAAGUUUCAUGGUCUUGUUUAUUCUUAAUUGAUUAAUGAAUUUUGGAGUUAUCC